AUGAUGCACAUGACCUUCUACUGGGGCACGUCCGUCACCAUCCUCUUCGACGGAUGGCGCACGUCGGCGUGGCCGGGGUACGUCGUCUCCCUCCUCGCGCUCUUCCUCGCCGGCGCGCUCUACCAGUACCUCGAGGCCUGCCGCGUCCGCCUCAGGGCUCGCCGCGCGGGCGCCUCCUCCGCCACCGGGCCCCACCCCGCUGCCUCCGACGAGCGCGCGCUGGUGUCCGCCGCGGGGCGACGCUUCGGCAAGCGCUGGAACUGGAAGGCGCCCCCCGCGGUGGCUUCGGCGGCGCUGUUCGGCUUGAGCGCCGCGGUCGGGUACCUCCUGAUGCUGGCCGUCAUGUCGUUCAACGGCGGGGUGUUCCUGGCCGUCGUGGCGGGCCUCGCGUCCGGGCACCUCGCGUUCCGCGGCGCCGCGGAGGAGGUCGCCGACGGCGCGGUGGACGACGAGCUCGACAGCCCUUGCGCCUGCGCCUAG